AUGCCACGCUCGUUUCUCGCUCAGCUCGCCGGUGCCGCAGUGGAUACACUCAGCUUGUCGACGCUCGCUUGGACUGUAGUGGUAGCUUUGCUCCUCUUCUGCAUACCCUCAGCUAGAGCUCGCUUUGUAGAUGCCCUCUGUUACGCGUACGUCGCCAUCUUUCAUCGGCCCUUCCGCUCCUCGCCCACCGACUUCCUCUUUUCGGGGUACGCAGCACCACUGCCUGUCACUAACUCGACAUGGUCACGCCUACAAGCUUCCACCGCGCUCAAGUGGCGUGCGCAACGGGGAGGCCUUCGACACGAGAAGCAGAUCGACUGGAGUCAGAACGAGGUGGUCCAGCACGGUGACAUGAUAGAGGCUUGGGACCGCGUUGUUGAGUGGGAUCAACGAUGCUUGCACCCUCACAAGCUCGAGCAGUUGCGUAGCGUUGGUGAUCCACUUGCCGACAAGGCUCUCGAACAGGUCGAAAGAUCGCCUCUGCAUUCCGACCGGAAGCAUGCCUCGACGGAUACGUUGCGCAAGAUCUACGAUCAAGCAUCAGUACAGUACACGACUUCGUCAGAUCAGCUGGAUUGUCUAACAUUUUGGAAAGCUAUCGACCGUCGACCGCCGCCUGGUGCAGGCGCUCUCGGCUUGGACUGGUAUGAGUCGCACUAUGGCAAAGACGCAGUCAACUCGCUCCCGCACUGGCCACAAUACCCUUCCACAAACAAGCAAGAGCCAUUUGCCACCCUGCCUAUUUGGACGCCACACGACGCCACCUCUAUAGAUGCUACGACAAAGUCGGCAGAGCUUCAAGCCGAGGCCGAAGUCAUCCGCAGAGGCCAGGAUGCCUUUUAUCGCUACGCUGGCCCCAUGCUCACAGUGCUUCUGCAUUUCAGCCUGGCUGGAGGCUUUGCAUCGCCGAGGAUCACGCAAGUGCUCAAACAGACUGCCUAUCUCGUCCCCACCGCUAAUGCCAAGCGCGGUCGAGAUUCCAAGCCGUCGAACACUCCAACCCUGCCUACCGUAGAAGAGCUGCGAGAAACUUUCAAGAUGGACAAAGCGCGAGCCGAUCGCACGUGGAAUCGUCUGUUGGAGACCACGCAGUUUGUCUUGGAUGUCGUCGAGAAAGCCGAUAGCCUCACGCCGCCUAGCAUCGCGGCUUUGUCAGCGCCUGGAUCCGAUACAGUGCAAGGUAAUGCGCCUCUCGCACCUCCCGAGGUCGGAGGUGACGGCUGGCAGUCGGCGGUACGCGUACGGCUUCUUCAUACUAACGUACGACAUCGCGUGCUCAAGCUUGUCGAAAGAGGUAGCAACGGUUCUUUGGAUACCAAUGGUGACGUUUAUGAUCUGGACAAAAACGGCAUUCCGAUCAAUCAGGAAGACAUGCUCGGAACGCUGUGUGCGUUCGCGUCAGCACCGCUCGCCAUGUUGCAGAGGAUUGGGGUCAGUCCAAGUGCACAAGAACGCAAAGACUACAUUGCGCUCUGGAGGCACAUCGGCUUCUAUAUGGGCAUUGAGCCUGCACUCUUACGUUGUGCAUUUGCCGAUGCUCAGGCUGCGGAUCGUACGCUGUGGUGCACUGUACUGCAUCUGUUUAGCCAGGUCGAGGUGCUGAAUGGCCAUCUGGGUGGUCAUUCGCAGCCAAUAAUGCAAGGCCCCACCAUCCCCGUGCUCAUAGCAUGUGCCGAUCGGCCGCCGUUCCACACACCGCUUUCGGCGCAUGUAGCCAUCUCGCGCCGUCUGUUGGGCAAGUCUCUGGCGGAUUCGCUCGCCUUGCCAGCCUCUUCAGCCAGACGCGAAGUAUUGAGCGACAUUGCGUUCCUAGGUAUGCAAGUGCCUAUACUGUUCGGCCGCUUCUAUCCACGACGGAGGUGGGAGAGGCGCCGGCUCGAACUGGCCCGACCACUGCUGCGACGACUCAUCGUGUUUAGCUUUGGCAACAAACGCACCAGGUUCGAGAUGCCGUCGUCAUCGAAAGAACAAUCGCACAAGGCGCAAGGUGAAGGUGAGCGAGAAAGGGUCAACGUCGAGACCCAGUCGAGCGAGCAUCUCACUGUGCCAGAGGACAAGAAACACAUGAUGCGACUGGCCCGCGAGUGGCGCUGGCUCAUGCGUGAGAUGGUUGCGGUUUUGGUUCUGUUGGCCAGCACACCGAUUGCUUUUUCUGUUUACGCUUACCUCACCCUCAGAUCUGGACGAGGGUCCUCUUUAUAG